GGUAGAUGCUGGGACUUGCUGUCCGGUUCCAGCCGCUGAGCGGUGGUCGGGCUGAGAGUCGCCGCAGGAGAGGGGCUCGGCGCCCAGCGCCCGGCGGGGACUGCAGGCAAUGACUCAGGAUGCAGCCAGCAGCCACAACCUGCACAGAGGACCGCAUCCAGCACGCUCUGGAGCGAUGCUUGCAUGGACUGAGCCUCGGACGCCGUUCUGCUCCCUGGUCAGCCGGGCUGUGUCUGAACUGCUGGAGCCUACAGGAGCUGGUCAGCAGGGACCCGGGCCACUUCCUCAUCCUCCUGGAACAGAUCCUACAGAAGACCCAAGAGGUCCAGGAGAAGGGCACCUAUGACCUCCUCGCCCCGCUGGCACUGCUCUUCUAUUCCACUGUCCUCUGUACACCACAUUUCCCACCGGACUCAGACCUCCUGCUGAAGGCAGCCAGCACCUACCACUGCUUCCUGACCUGGCCGGUUCCCUACUGCAGCAUCUGCAGAGAGAUGCUCACUUUCAUUGAUGCUGAGCUCAAGGCCCCAGGAAUCUCCUACCAGCGGCUGGUGAGGGCUGAGCAGGGCCUGCCCAUCAGGAGCCACCGAAGUUCUACUGUCACUGUGCUGUUGCUGAACCCGGUAGAGGUACAGGCUGAGUUCCUUGCCGUGGCAGACAAGCUGAGCACACACGGACAGUCACCCCAUGGUGCCUACACCACCCUGCUCCUGCAUGCCUUCCAGGCCACCUUUGGGACUCACUGUGAUCUUCUUAAACUGCACCACAAACUUCAGUCCAAGACUCUAGAAGAGCUCGAGGACAUCUUCACGGAGACUACAGAAGCCCAGGAGCUGGCAUCUGGCAUUGGGGAUGUAGCAGAGGCCCGCCAGUGGCUCCAGACCAAGCUGCAGGCAGUGGGAGAAAAAGCCGGCUUCCCUGGCAUCUUAGACACUGCAAGCCCUGGGAAACUCCACACGAUCCCCAUCCCUGUCGCCAGAUGCUACACUUACAGCUGGAACCAGGACAGCUUUGACAUCCUACAGGAAGUCCUUCUCAAGGAACAGGAGCUGCUGCAGUCAGGGAUCCAGGGAGAUGAUGAAGAGGAGGAAGAGGAGGACCUGGAGAUUGACAGGCACUGUGCUGAGAGGGACUCCCUUCUCUCCACCAGCUCCCUGGUGUCUCAGGACUCCACACUGUUGCUCACCUCCUCUCAGGCCUCAGGACCAGUGCUGUCCCGCCAGGUGCUGACCACCUUUGUCUCAGGCCUCUCGGAUGGCAUGGACAGUGGCUACAUGGAAGACAGUGAGGAAAGCUCCUCAGAGUGGCCCAAGAAGCCCAGUGGCCAGCAACGCCAAGGUCACCGCAGGCCUGGGCAGAAGUUUAACAGAUUCUAUAAACUCUUAAAGAGCACCAGCCAGUUGGUCCUGAGGAGGGACUCUCGGAGCCUGGAGGGCAGUGCAGACCCAACCCUGCCUCUGCGGAGGGCAGGGAGCCUCUGCAGCCCCUUGGACUGUCCGGCUCAGCUCCCCUUCCGGGCUCAACGCUCACGGUCCCUACCCCAGCCCAAGCUCAGCACCCAACUACCCAGCUGGCUUCUGGCACCACCCUCACACCACCAGCGCCGCCGUCCCUUCCUCAGUGGGGACGAGGACCCCAAGGCUUCCACACUACGGGUUGUGGUCUUUGGCUCUGACCGGAUUUCAGGGAAGGUGGCUCGGGCCUAUAGCAAGCUCAGGAGGCUGGAGAACAGUCACCCGCUCCUCACACGGUUCUUCAAGCUUCAAUUCUUCUAUGUGCCUGUGAAGAGAAGCCAUGGAACCAGCUCCAGUGCCAGCCCAUCUUCUCUGAGCCAGGCAUCGCCACUCCCUGCAGACUCCCUGAAGCACCCCAGCCCCACAGACCUUGGCAUGGCCCCAUGGGAGGACAGUACCAAUGACAUCUCUCACUACCUCGGUAUGCUUGACCCCUGGUACGAGCGUAAUGUGUUGGGCCUCAUGCAUCUGCCUCCUGAAGUCCUCUGUCAGCAGUCCCUGAAGGCAGAAUCUCGGCCCCUGGAGGGCUCAGCCACCCAGCUGCCCAUCCUGGCUGACAUGUUACUCUACUACUGCCGCUUUGCGGCCCGCCCCGUGUUGCUGCAGGUUUACCAGACUGAGCUGACCUUCGUCACCGGGGAGAAGACCACGGAGAUCUUCAUCCAGUCCCUGGAGCUGGGUCACUCUGCGACCACUCGUGCUAUCAAAGCUUCAGGUCCAGGUUGCAAGAGGCUGGGCAUUGACGAUGACCGGGAGGCCGUCCCUCUAACACUACAGAUUAUUUACAGCAAGGGAGCCAUCAGUGGGCGAAGCCGCUGGAGCAACCUGGAGAAGGUCUGUACCUCUGUUAACCUCAGCAAGGCCUGCCAGAAGCCGGAGGAGCUAGAUUCCAGCAUGGAGGCGCUGACGCUAACCCUGACAGAAGUGGUGAAGAGGCAGAACCCUAAAUCCAAAAAGGGCUUUAACCAGAUCAGUACAUCCUCCAUCAAAGUGGACAAGGUGCAGAUCAUCGGCUCCAGUUGCUGCCCCUUUGCUGUGUGUCUAGACCAGGAUGAGAGAAAGAUCCUGCAGAGUGUGAUCAGGUGUGAAGUGUCACCCUGCUACAAGCCAGAGAAGAGCAGCUUGCCACCCGAGAGGUCCUGCAGCCAACCAGCAGAGGCUGGGUCUGACCUGUGCUCCCUUCUCUGCCUUCCCAUCAUGACUUUCAGUGGGGCUCUGCCCUAGUGCAGCUAGGUAUGAGGCUGGACAGGAAAGUGCACAGCUUCCCCUGGACCACUCUUCAGGGCAGCUGCUCUCUAUGGAGAACUGAAUUGCCCCGGGCUGUAUCAGGAUUCCUCUGUAGGCCCUGCCAUGGGCCAGGGACGUGGCCAAUGGUAUCUGGAACCUCCAAGAGUGGAUGCGGAAUCAGGCAUUGGAGAGAGAAGGGCCUGGGAUGUCCAGUCUUACAACUGCCUCUGAGCAGAGGGAGAGGGAUGGGUGAGAGGCCCCAAAGAAAGGUGUGAGGCUUGUCUAUGGUUUAGGUCUCCUUUCCAAGCCCUGGGCUGAGGCCUAUCUUUGGUUUGUCAAAGACUCAGGGUCCCUAACUAGAGAUCAGCCUCUCUAAGGCACAGGUAGGAGAAAGAUAGGUGAGAUUUCUUUCCUGGCCUCAGACACCAUCUCUCUAUCCUACCACUACCAUCAUGAGCACACACACACACAUACUCACACGCAUGCACACACAGUUUUCUCUCUCAAGUUCCCUGGAUCCCUUGAAAAACAGCACUAAUAUUUGGUCCAUCGCUAGGACCUGGUACAGUUUCUCUCUUGAGCCCCUUGCUGGGUCUCAGAUGCUGGGGGGAGACAGGACAGACUUAGUUCCUUUUUUGCUAAAUGCCCAGAGGAAGUUAAGGCAUUUCUUUGAGCCUCUGUUUCCUCAGUACUGAAGCAAAGGGGAAGUGGGUCCCCAAAGGGAGUGCCCUUGAAUCUUGCCCAGUGCCUGGCUCCCAGCAGCUGUCCUGGAAAGAGAGCAUCUUGCCCUCCACUGCCGAUGCCCUGCCUAUGCUCUUGAAUACUCUCAGGAUAGUCCUUGUUUGGUCUUGUCCCACCUAUGGAUGAGGCAGAACUCAUGCAGGCUAAGCAGCAGUCAGGAAGGGCCACCUAGGUAAGGCUCCUCCUCCACUUCCCUAGCAGAUCGGUUCUGGUUCACUCACUUCCUCUCAGCUGGAGGGCUGGUGUACAUAGUGUACACCAGCUUCCAUCCCCAAACGCUCCCUGGACAAGUUCUCAGAGGCGCAGAGGACAGACUGCUGAAUAUCUAAUGCUGGAGACAGGGCAUUCAUGCAUGGAACCCAAUAGACCAAGAGCCUGAAGUUUAAACCCACCAGACUGGGGGGCUCGACAAGCUGACAAGAUGUGGCUGGAGCGAUAAGGUGGUGGGCUGGCUCGGGCCUUGGGCUGGCACGGGCAAGUGAGGAACCUUGGAAGCAUAACAAGUUGCACACAGUAUUUUUCCCAUCCUGAGCCAAAGACACUGGCUUAUAGAAGCCCAAGGACCUGAGCAGAGUGCUCCUGACUUGAGAGACUGGACAGAGCCACUAUGUUGUCACCCUCCAAUCCUAGCCUGCUGUGUAUCUGCCAGGUUCCAGAGCAGUGUCCAGCCACGCAUAUCGGUACGCUUCAACCUGCCGUGUGAACAUGCUGUUCUACCGUAUGAUCAACAGGAUGUGAAUCGAUGAAUGGGAUAUUAAUAUUAUUAUCAAAUAAAAUUGAUUUAUUGUAUA